AUGUCGGACAGAACAAUGACACGGCAAGUAGGCCUACUAUUGUUUAUGUCGUUCGUUUCGCUCAGUUCUGUUUCUGGGCAGGUCAGCUACUCCAUUCCCGAGGAAAUGGCGAAAGGAUCUUUGGUCGGUAACAUAGCGCAAGAUUUGGGUUUGGAUGUGAAACGGCUGAAAUCGGGGAAAGCUCGAAUAUACACCGGAGAGAGUACAGAAUACAUCGAGUUGAAUAAAGACAGGGGAGUCCUUGUAAUCAAAGAGCGGAUAGACAGAGAAGCGAUCUGCGGACAGACGACGCCCUGUGCUCUUGAUUUUCAAAUAAUUUUGGAGAAUCCUAUGCAAUUUUACAGCAUCACUGUCGAGAUCACCGACAUUAACGACCACUCUCCCAUUUUUAAAAACAGUGAAAUGAAAUUUGACAUUAUUGAGACAGUUCAAAUUGGGUCGAAAUUUGUCUUAGAAAAAGCUAUAGAUGUCGAUGUGGGUGUUAAUGGGCUCCAGGGCUAUUCGCUAAGUACAAGUGACACAUUCAUUUUAAACCCUUAUAGAAUUGGCAGUAGUAGGAAUGUUGAGAUGGUUUUAAAGAAGCAUCUUGACCGAGAGAAACAGGAGCGGUUGUCUUUAGUAUUAACUGCGACAGAUGGUGGUGACCCGCAGCUCUCUGGAACCAUAGUAAUUGUGAUAACUGUAUUGGACGCAAACGAUAACGCACCUGUUUGUACUCAAACGGAGUACAUGACGAAUGUUAAAGAAAAUUCAUUGAAAGGAACUGUUUUAACCACUGUGAGCGCAUCUGAUGCAGAUGAAGGUCCGCACGGACACAUACAAUAUUCAAUCUCUAAUGUUCCAGAGGGCGCACUUGAACUGUUUCAUGUAGAUAAGGAAAAUGGUGUGUUUACGUUAAUGGGAAAACUCGAUUAUGAGAAAUGUCGACAUUAUGAGAUAGAUGUCCAAGCGUCAGAUGAAGGUGGUAACUCAGACGUAUGUAAAGUUAUAAUUGAGGUGCUGGACACAAACGAUAACCCACCGGCUAUCAGUAUUAUGUCAACGUCAUCCAGUAUAUCCGAGGAUGUUAAGCCAGGCACGGUUCUGACAAUGAUGAACAUUCAGGAUCCAGAUUCGGAUGAAAACGGCAAAGUCCACUGUUUUCUAGAUGAAAAUAUUCAUUUUACAAUCACGUCUACAUCAAAUAAUUUCUUUACUUUGGUGACAGACAGUGAGUUAGACAGAGAGAGAGCCUCUGAGUAUAAUAUCACGGUGACCUGCUCUGAUGAGGGAGUGCCCUCCCUCUCCAGCAGCGUCACUCUCACCUUACAGAUCUCGGAUGUGAAUGACAACGCGCCUGUCUUUGAGAGGAGCUCAUAUGAGGCCUACAUUGUAGAAAACAACACACCGGGCCUCUCUGUGUUCACAGUGAAAGCCAGAGACGCUGACUGGAACCAGAAUGCCCGCGUUUCUUACAUACUGGAGGACUCCUCUGUUAACGGAGUGCCAGUCUCCUCGUACGUGUCCGUUAGUGCUGAUAGUGGAGUCAUCCACGCAGUGCGCUCGUUUGACUACGAGCAGAUCAAAGAUUUCCACUUCCGCGUCAAAGCGCAGGAUGGAGGUUCUCCUCCACUCAGUAGCAAUGUGACCGUGAAAAUACUGAUCCAGGACCAGAACGACAACCCUCCUCAGGUUCUGUACCCAGUCCAGACUAGUGGCUCUCUGGUGGCUGAAAUGGUGCCUCGUUCAGCAGAUGUGGGCUAUCUGGUGACUAAAGUGGUGGCUGUCGAUGUGGACUCUGGACAGAAUGCCUGGCUCUCCUAUAAACUGCAGAAAGCCACAGACAGGGCGCUGUUUGAAGUGGGCUUACAGAAUGGAGAAAUCAGAACAAUCCGCCAAGUCACCGAUAAAGAUGCUGUGAAACAGAGACUGACUGUUAUAGUGGAGGACAACGGGCAGCCCUCUCGUUCAGCUACGGUCGUUGUGAACGUGGCGGUGGCGGACAGCUUCCCUGAAGUGCUGUCGGAGUUCACUGACUUUCCGCACGACAAGGAGUACAAUGACAACCUGACUUUUUACUUGGUGUUGGCUCUGGCUGUGGUUUCCUUCCUCUUCAUCACGUGUUUAGUGGUUAUUAUAUCGGUGAAAAUCUACAGAUGGAGACAGUCUCGCAUCCUGUAUCACUCCAGUCUCCCUGUGAUUCCGUAUUAUCCACCACGUUACUCAGACACUUUGGGGACAGGGACUCUCCAACACGUGUACAACUACGAGGUGUGCAGGACGACUGACUCCAGAAAGAGUGACUGUAAGUUCGGCAGAGCUGGUAGUCAGAACGUGUUGAUAAUGGACCCCAGUUCUACGGGGACGAUGCAGCGGCUGCAGAGUGAAAAGAGCAUCCUGGAUGAACCAGACUCUCCUCUAGAGGUAUGA